UAAUGUCAAGUUUAAAAUUGCCUUAUUUUGUCAUUACAUACUAGUACGCAGUAUGCAUCACAUGCAUCGCAGAAGAGCGCCGCGUUGACUUAAUCGUAGUGGAUAAAUUAAAGCAUUUAUACUUCAAGUGGUGAUAGUUUCUUCAUAAGAUAUCGUUGAAUCUGUUCACAUAUAGAAUACCUGUCAAGUUUUUGUACACUUGAAACAUGCCGAGGGAUAUAAGGUCCUAUUUCCAGAGUACUAAGUCUAAUUCAACUGUUAUUCCAACAAAAUCCACAAAAAGACGAGUAAUUUCAUCUGAUGAGGAUGAUAUAAAAAUACUAUCACCUAUUAAACGAUCUAAGAAAACAAAGACGUUGACAAAGAAUUCUAUUUCAUCCGAUUCAGAUAAUGAUACAAAGCAGAACAAAAUUAUUUCCCCUAGUUCUGUUUUUGGUAAGAAACCAAUCAGUAGACAGGAGGCUCCAAAAGUAUUAAAAAAAUCGCAAAAGAAGACAGCAGAAGGUCAUGAUGACAAUGAUUUUGAAGCAACAUUAGUCCAAUUAGACACAUCUGAUAUUGAGCAGAAAUACUUAACAGACAAUAAUUCUGUGAAAGAUUCUAGUAGUAAAACAUUUAAAGGAAAUGAUUCACCCAAAAAUAAGCUUGAAAAUGAAGGGAAUAAGAGAACACCACAUAAAAAUAAAGACAAUACGGAAAAGGAUAAGACAUCUGAAAAAUCAAAUUCAGGACAAAAUAACAAGAAACAGAAACAAAAGCAUGAAGACUCUGAUGGUAGUAUAAACAAAUAUACGGAGCAUGACAAUUCUGAACACAGUAGUAAAUCAAAGCCUACAAAAAAGACCGAAGCUAAAUCAGGUAUAUCGAAAAUAGAAAUAUUGGUACCUAAGAAGAAGUCUCCUAAAAAGACAGAAGGUUUAGAUAUAUAUGAAGAAAGAGUUGAGAAAAAAAAACAAAGUGCUGCAAUAUAUCAACAGUAUCUUCAGAGGGGAGGAGCAAGGCAUCCAGGUUCAAAAGAAAUUCCAGAGGGUGCUGAAUAUUGCCUUGCUGGAUUAAGCUUUUUAAUCACUGGUGUUUUGGAUUCUCUGGAAAGAGAAGAAGCUGAAGAGCUCAUUAAAAAAUAUGGGGGACGAAUUUUACAUCAAGUUUCAAAGAAAACUGAUUAUGUUAUAGUUGGAGAUCAAGCUGGUCCUUCAAAAUUGUCAAAGGCAAAUAUUUUGAAUGUAAAACAAAUUACAGAAGAUGAUUUAUUAGAGUUAAUCCGUACAAGAAAAGCAGGUCACGCUGAGAGUGUAAAACAAUCUCGUGCAAAGUCAAAAGAUAGAAUGAAACAAUCAUCCGUGGAAUCAGAUGAUGCAUUUCUUUCACCACCGAAAAGAGUAAAAAGUACAGUAAAUGAAGAAACAGAGAAAUCAGAAAAAGUACGUUCACCGAGCAAGAAGGAACAUAUCGAUGAAGAUGCAAAAGAAACGUCGAAACGAUCUCCACGCAAAAAAGAAUAUAGUGACGAAAGUCGUGAAAAACAAACAAAGCAAUCGCUUAAUAAAGAACUUAAAGAUAUAAAAGAUGUAGAAAUAAAAGCAGAUUCGUUACAAGAUAUAAAUGGAAAUAUAUCAGUAGAAGCAUUGGUUGAAAAAUACAGACCUAAAAGUAUGAAGCAGAUUCUGGGGCAACAAGGAGACAAAAGCAAUGCCAAGAAACUAUAUAAGUGGUUACAGAAUUGGCAUAAAAAUCAAAAUGGACAAGUUAAACAUUCUAAACCCAGUCCAUGGGCGAAAAAUGAUGACGGUGCCUUCUUCAAAGCUGCUUUAUUAUCCGGUCCGCCUGGAAUUGGAAAGACUACAACUGUUCAAGUCGUUUGUAAAGAGUUAGGUUUUGAUCUCGUAGAAUUCAAUGCAUCCGACACUAGAAACAAAAAACUUCUACAAGAGAGGGUAUCGGAAAUUUUAUCCAACACUACGUUAAAAGAUUAUUUUAUAGAUACUAAAAAUAAGACAACAUCAAAGCACGUUCUUUUAAUGGAUGAAGUUGAUGGCAUGUCUGGUAAUGAAGAUCGCGGCGGUUUGCAGGAAUUAAUUAGCUUGAUAAAAUCAACCGAAAUACCAAUUAUUUGUAUUUGUAAUGAUCGGAACAAUCCCAAAAUGAGAACGCUUGCUAAUUAUAUUUUUGAUCUUCGAUUUUCAAAGCCUAAAUUGGAACAGAUUAGGGGAGCAAUGAAGUCCAUAUGUUUCAAAGAAAAUAUUAAUAUAUCAACAGAAGAUCUUGAUCGUUUAAUCGAGUCGACUAAUCAAGAUAUUCGACAAGUAAUAAAUCAUUUAGCUCUAUUUGUUGGCAGUACUGGUAAUCAAAAAAAAUCUGAGAAAAAACAUAUAAACAAAGAUUUGAAAUUGGGACCUUGGGAUGUUGUGAAACAAGUAUUUUCUGCCGAGGAACACAAGCUUAUGAGUAUUCAUGAUAAAAGCGAUUUGUUUUUCCAUGAUUAUAAUAUAGCACCACUAUUUGUACAAGAAAAUUAUUUAUUGAUCGCACCUCAAGGAUCGAGAAAUAAAUUAUUGGAAAAAGUAGCUGAAAGUGCUGAAAGUUUAGCAUUGGGUGAUAUAGUUGAGAAAUCAAUAAGAAGUAGUGGUGCUUGGUCUCUUUUGCCUAUGCAAGCUUGUUAUUCUUCCGUUAUACCUGGGACAGUAAUGUCUGGUCAUAUUGCUGGUCAAAUAAAUUUUCCAGCUUGGCUUGGGCGUAAUUCAAAAGCUGGAAAAUUUGACAGAUUAAUUCAAGAGAUAACUGUGCAUACACGUUUAACUACUGGUGCAAGUAAGGAAGCUAUAAAUUUAGAUUAUAUUAAACCUCUGAGAGAUGCAAUUGUCAGACCUUUAGCAGUUAAUGGUAUCGAAGGAGUAGAUGCAGCAGUAGAUGUCAUGAAUCAAUAUCACUUUCUCAGGGAAGACUUAGAUUCUUUGGUAGAGGUUUCUUUGUGGCCUGGUGAUCGUGAUCCUAUGCAAGUUAUUGAUAGUAAGGUAAAAGCAGCCUUUACGAGAACAUAUAAUAAAACUUCUGCAGCUGUGCCAUAUAUAGUAAGUGGUACAUCAAAGAAGAAAAUGAUCAAGGCGAAGAAGGCUACUUCCUCGACUAAGAAAACUGAACCAAAAGGUAAAAGUAUAAAUAAAAAUGCAGCAAAGGGUAAAAAUAGCGAUAAGUCUUCUACCAGUAAACGUGGAAGAGGACGUGGAAUGGCAAAAUAA